GUGUUGAAGAGCGCAGAGUUUGGUUUCUGCGGUACUCCGGUCAGUCGGGAUGAGUGACUACUCGGAUUCAGACCUGUCCGCUAACCAGUCUCCACCCAAGAAGAAAGGCAAACCCCAGAAGUAUACUAAAAAUGAUCUUUCGGAUGAUGAAGAGGAAGAGGAGGAGGACGACGAGGAAGAUGAUGGGGUUGAUGAAGAUGAGGAACCUGGCUUGACGUCGAAGAAAAAAAGGCGGAUGAACUUCGCAAUCAAGGACAUGUUCCAUGAUGAAGCUUCGGUGGAUGAAGAUGAUGAGGAAGAAGACGAGGAGUAUGAUGAAGAUGCAGAUCUUAUUGGUCCCGAAGACGAGGAAGCGUUGGAUGCUGUACCUGCAGCUCGUGAGCUAGAUUCACGCCGGAGAAUACGUGAAAUCAUGGAUCAGGAUGAGGAGGCGAUUGAAAGGUAUUAUCAAGAACGAUAUGAAAAUCAAGAUUACGUGGAUCGUUUCGGUGAUGGUGAAGCAAUGGCUGAUAGUAUUGUUCAAAAAGAGCGUCUUCCAGGCAUCAAAGAUCCUAAUCUUUGGGCACUUCGAUGCAAAAUGGGUGAAGAAAAAGCCACUGUAUUAGCGCUGAUGCGUAAGUUCAUAGCGUACCAGUUUUCUGACACUCCACUUCAAAUCAAAUCGGCCUUUGCAAAAGAGGGUUUAAAGGGAUAUAUUUAUGUUGAAGCCUUCAAACAAACUCAUGUUAAACAAGCCAUUGAAGGUAUCACUGCUUUACGAUUGUCCACCUAUAAACAGCAGCUUGUUCCAAUUGAGGAAAUGACAGAGGUUGUACGUGUGGUCAAAGAAACUGGUCAGCUUAAGCCUGAGCAAUGGGUCCGGAUUAAAUCUGGACUCUAUCGUGAUGAUUUAGCCUUGGUUGAAUAUGUGGAAGAUGCACAAAAUUUGGUGGGUCUUAAAUUAGUGCCACGAAUCGAUUAUGAGCGAAAACGUAAUCGUGGCACAGAGGCGGAGGACGAUAACAACAGUAAUAAUAAAUUUCGGCGUUUCAAACGUCCAGCUCCAGCGUUGUUCAAUGCAUCCAAACUGGCUGAUCGUGUGCAACGUGAUGGAUCAUCGUUGGUUUUUGAAGGGAAUCGAUAUGAUGCUGACGGAUUCCUGCAUAAACAAUUCCGUAUCAAUGCUGUUGUAAGUAUGAAUUAUUAUUCAUUACCAGAUAAAUUUAAACAGCGUAAUGAGAAGACGAAUAUUAUCUGAAACAUGUUGUGAUGUAUUAGCGCUAUACAUUUCGAACAAUCUGAUCAAACAUGGACUUAUCGAACUAUUUUUAUGAAAAUUUACGAAAAAGGUCAAUGAAGUUAAUAGGAAACAUAAGAAUAGGAAGGGAUGGAAAAAAAGAAAGAGAAACCCUACUCUUGGUAUGAAAAUUAAAAUCAGUACUGUAAGUGUAAAACUUGGGCACU